AUGGGUGGGAGGGUCAAGAGACCAGAGGAGGCAGGACAGGAGCUGCCCUCCCCUAUGGGUGGGAGGGUCAAGAGACCAGAGGAGGCUGAACAGGAGCUGCCCUCCCCUAUGGGUGGGAGGGUCAAGAGACCAGAGGAGGCUGAACAGGAGCUGCCCUCCCCUAUGGGUGGGAGGGUCAAGAGACCAGAGGAGGCAGAACAGGAGCUGCCCUCCCCUAUGGGUGGGAGGGCCAAGAGACCAGAGGAGGCAGAACAGGAGCUGCCCUCCCCUAUGGGUGGGAGGGUCAAGAGACCAGAGGAGGCAGAACAGGAGCUGCCCUCCCCUAUGGGUGGGAGGGCCAAGAGACCAGAGGAGGCAGAACAGGAGCUGCCCUCCCCUAUGGGUGGGAGGGUCAAGAGACCAGAGGAGGCAGAACAGGAGCUGCUCUCCCCUAUGGGUGGGAGGGUCAAGAGACCAGAGGAGGCAGAACAGGAGCUGCCCUCCCCUAUGGGUGGGAGGGCCAAGAGACCAGAGGAGGCAGAACAGGAGCUGCCCUCCCCUAUGGGUGGGAGGGUCAAGAGACCAGAGGAGGCAGAACAGGAGCUGCUCUCCCCUAUGGGUGGGAGGGUCAAGAGACCAGAGGAGGCAGAACAGGAGCUGCCCUCCCCUAUGGGUGGGAGGGCCAAGAGACCAGAGGAGGCAGAACAGGAGCUGCCCUCCCCUAUGGGUGGGAGGGCCAAGAGACCAGAGGAGGCAGAACAGGAGCUGCCCUCCCCUAUGGGUGGGAGGGCCAAGAGACCGGAGGAGGCAGAACAGAGUGCUCGGGUUGGGAUGUAG